AUGAGGACUUACACUGUUCAGAGGCCAAACAGAGGAGACGAAGGUGAAGAUGAUGAUGAUGAAGAAGAAGAAGAAGAAGAAGAAGAAGAAGACGAAGAAGAAGAGCCCAAAAGGCGUCGUUCGAGGUCGCACUGUAGCUCUCCCGGCCACUUCCAGCCUCUUGAAUGGCAGCGAUUCCUGUUGAGAACACUCGCAAUUGCCGACCCCAGCCAGUGUACACCUCGGCUACUGGGCGUCGCAACAAAGUCUACGUACACGCACCAAUGUGCGCAUACUUUGGCUUGUUGCGAGCGUAGAAAAGCUGUACUGUCCGGCGACUGCGCAAAGGAGGAAGACAGACAGAGAGACAACGAUAGAGAGAGAGAGAGAGAGAGAGAGGGGGAGGGUAAGAGAGAGAUCACACGAUGCCAGCCUCAUCGUCUAUCCAACAGGGCCAGAACAAACCAUGACAAAGGACUGACCCCAGUUUGGCUGGAGUUGAGGCGAGGGUGGAGACCGGUUGGCCCCUCUACUACGCGAAAACAUGACGCGAUAAGCCUUGGCAGCGUCAUUUUGCCUCGACCUGGCCUCAUGAUUGGUCUAGACGCAAUGUCUCUGGAUGAAGUGGACAAUGUGGACGAUGUGGAGAACGUGGAUGAGGUGGAGGUGGAUCAAGUGACUUUCGGGUGGCUGGCGAAAGUGUGGAAAGAGAAGAGCGGUCGCGGUGGCCGUGACAGAUUGGGUCAUGUUGGACCGGCACUUGAUGGGCAAACUGCUGACAGCGCGACCUUCAGGCAACAAACAGAGCUCUGGGGCUUGUAG